AGACAGACACGCAGGUGAUAAAGCAGGGCCCCAACCCGGACGCUGGGCUUGGAGCCCACACGUGACUGGCACUCGCCCCAAAGCCCCACAGAACCUUAGUGUUCUGUUCUUGCAGACCUUGGCCAGCACUGGUGGUCAGAGUUGGAGAGCAAUGUCGGAGGCAGUGGUGCAGCUGCUCAGAGGGAAGGUCUUAGUGUGUAGCUUAUACCCAGCUCUUUCCCCUGCAGCGGGCCGAGGGUCCUCACAGUGCAGCAAGACAGCACAGGGCGGGCAGCAGGGAGGAGGAUGGGGUGAGGACAGGCACCCAGAUUCAGACUGGGGUGUCCAGGCUGAGCUCAGAAGCCAGGUGGCCAUGCUACUCCUGCCACACCCUGUAAGAUCAGCGGGGACAUCUCCCCUGCCUCUCCCCUGCUGUCUGUGACUGAGGAAAGGGCUGCUUCGGGGAGGGGGAGGUGGGAGGGAAUGCAGCCUGUGCACAUCCCUUAUCCUUCCAGAAAAUGGAGCUGGCGCUGGUGCCCCUGAGUGCCCAUGGCAGCUUCUAUGAGGGGGACUGCUACGUCAUCCUCUCGACCCGGAGAGUGGGCAGUCUCCUCUCCCAGGACAUCCACUUCUGGAUCGGGAAGGACUCCUCCCAGGAUGAGCAGAGCUGCGCAGCCAUCUACGCCACACAGCUGGAUGACUACCUGGGGGGCAGCCCCGUGCAGCACCGAGAGGUCCAGCACCAUGAGUCCGACACCUUCCGCGGCUACUUCAAGCAGGGUAUCAUCUACAAGAGGGGGGGUGUGGCCUCUGGGAUGAAGCAUGUGGAGACCAACACCUAUGACGUGGAGCGGCUGUUACAUGUGAAGGGGAAGAGAAACAUCAGGGCCACGGAGGUGGAAAUGAGCUGGGACAGUUUUAACCGAGGUGAUGUCUUCUUGCUGGACCUUGGGAAGGUUAUCAUCCAAUGGAAUGGUCCAGAGAGCAACAGCGGGGAGCGUCUGAAGGCUAUGCUUCUGGCAAAGGAUAUUCGGGACAGGGAGCGAGGGGGCCGUGCUGAAAUAGGAGUGAUCGAGGGAGACAAGGAGGCAGCAAGCCCAGAGCUGAUGAAGGUGCUUCAGGACACCCUCGGCCGACGUUCUAUUAUCAAGCCUGCAGUCCCAGAUGAGAUCAUAGAUCAGCAGCAGAAAUCAAAUAUCAUGUUAUAUCAUGUCUCAGACUCAGCUGGGCAGCUGGUGGUCAGAGAGGUAGCGACGAGGCCGCUGGUCCAGGACCUACUGAACCAUGAUGACUGCUACAUCCUGGACCACAGCGGAACCAAGAUCUACGUGUGGAAAGGAAGAGGAGCCACAAAGGCUGAGAAGCAGAUGGCCAUGUCUAAGGCCCUGAACUUCAUCAAGAUGAAGGGCUACCCCAGCAGCACCAAUGUGGAGACCGUCAACGAUGGUGCCGAGUCAGCCAUGUUCAAGCAGCUGUUCCAGAAGUGGUCCGUGAAGGAGCAGACCGUGGGCCUGGGGAAGACGUUCGGCAUUGGUAAAAUCGCUAAAGUUUUCCAGGAUAAAUUUGAUGUGACUCUGCUGCACUCCAAACCAGAGGUAGCUGCCCAGGAAAGAAUGGUGGAUGACGGCAAUGGAAAAGUCGAGGUCUGGAGAAUUGAAAACCUGGAGCUGGUCCCCGUGGAGCAUCAGUGGCACGGCUUCUUCUAUGGGGGAGACUGCUAUCUGGUUCUCUACACAUUCGAGGUUUACGCGAAGCCGCAUUACAUCUUGUACAUCUGGCAGGGCCGCCACGCCUCACAGGACGAGCUGGCAGCCUCGGCAUUCCAGGCGGUGGAGGUGGAUCGGAAGUUUGAUGGGGCCCCUGUGCAGGUCCGGGUUACCAUGGGGAAGGAGCCACGCCACUUCAUGGCCAUCUUCAAAGGAAAGCUGGUUAUCUUUGAGGGUGGGACUUCCAGGAAGGGAAAUGCCGAGCCCGACCCUCCAGUAAGGCUCUUCCAAAUUCAAGGAAAUGACAAAUCCAACACCAAAGCAGUGGAGGUGCCAGCCUUCGCCUCCUCCCUGAACUCCAAUGACGUCUUUCUGCUGCGGACCCAGGCAGAGCACUACCUGUGGUACGGCAAGGGGUCUAGUGGGGAUGAGCGGGCAAUGGCUAAGGAGCUGGCCGGGAUUCUCUGUAAUGGCACUGAGGACACUGUGGCCGAGGGCCAGGAGACCCCGGAGUUCUGGGACCUGUUGGGAGGGAAAACUCCCUAUGCCAGUCACAAAAGACUACAGCAGGAAAUCCUGGAUGUCCAGCCCCGUCUCUUUGAAUGUUCCAAUAAGACUGGCCGGUUCAUUGUCACUGAGAUCACAGAAUUCACCCAGGAUGACCUGAACCCAAGUGAUGUGAUGCUCCUGGAUACCUGGGACCAGGUGUUCUUGUGGAUUGGGGCUGAGGCCAAUGCCGUAGAGAAGGAGAGCGCUCUGGCUACAGCGCAGGAGUACCUGCACACUCACCCUAGUGGCCGAGACACUGACACACCGAUCCUGAUCGUCAAGCAGGGGUUCGAGCUUCCCAUCUUCACAGGCUGGUUCUUGGCCUGGGACUCUCACAUUUGGAGUGCAGGGAAAUCCUAUGAACAGUUAAAAGAAGAGCUGGGAGACACUGCUGCCAUCACGAGAAUCACUGCUGACAUGAGGAAUACAACCCUCUCCCUGAAUUCUGAGAUAAAAUAUUACCCUAUAGAAGUUCUACUGAAAAAUCAGAAUCAAGAGUUGCCUGAGGAUGUGGACCCUGCCAAAAAGGAGAAUUACCUCUCUGAACAGGACUUUGUUUCUGUGUUUGGCAUCACAAGAGGGCAAUUUGCUGCUCUGCCUGGCUGGAAACAGCUCCAAAUGAAGAAAGAAAAGGGGCUUUUCUAAAUCAAGCAAGCAGAGACAUACUGCAAGAGCACAGAAGAGAGCAGAUAGUGCCAAUACCAGGAAAGAAUUUAUCUACCAAUUGUUGCCUAACAUUCAGCUACUUCAUUUAGAUAAAACAGGGUCUGCAAAUCACAGCAUGUUCUCCAUUUUUCUCAUCCCUGCAUUCCUUAGUUGUUAUAUACUCACUUUUUAAUUUCUGUGGCCUUCUGGCUAAAGCCUCAGCGGAAAGCACUAAAACUACAUGAGUCUGGAGAAGCCAAAAGUAAUACAACAACAAAAAAACAGCAACUAAGUUUAAAGUGUUUAGGCAGAAACCUAAGUUUGUCUCCAAUUUUAAGAUCAGUAUUUCCAAAACCGAUUUAACCCACAAAUCAUUGAAGUUAAUUACAUGUAUAUCCCAAAGCCAAAAUCCAAAUGCCCAGAUCUGUAUGUGCCAGAGCUUUUAACUUUUCAAAUAAAGAUACCUAUAUGAGCAAA